AUGGCUGCUGGCGACGGCGCGUGGAGUGGCUGGUUGGCGGUGCUCGCCGCGCUCUUACUGGCACAGUUCGGCGCUGCAGAGCGCGACACGGAGUACGGAGUACAGCUCAUGGCGGAAAAGAUAAGCCUCACCUACUACCCAGGAGGUGCAGCUCCGUAUUAUUGGGCAUCUCCGGAUGUACUCGCAGCUGUCCCAGACAUUGAUCAGCCAUUCAGUGUUACAGAGACCUUCUAUUUAUGCCUCGUGAUCCGCACUGAUCGACGCCCACCACCCCUGACCAUCAUUUCCACAAGCCAGAGCCGAUCACUGGGUAACAGCCCAAACAGCGGCAGGAUUUGCAAGAAAAAGCCCAAUGUACAACCCACCUCAAGCUCAGAGAAUGCCCAAGGCUGUGUUUGUGCCGUCUUUCAAGAAAACGGCCUUUUUCUCACGAUUCCGAGUGUUGCAAUGCAUCGUCUUCUCCCAUCGAUUGGCUACACGGACGACAAGGGGCGGUUCAAGGUCCCAAGAACAAAAGCCCUGCCGUCAAAAUCUCAUCAUCUCGGUACUCGUGCAUGUACGAGUGAAAGCACAAUGCUCAAAAGUGCGGUGACCAGCCCCAAGCUUUUGCUAGCGGUCACGUUCAUCCGAGACUCUGUGAUGCUUCUGCCGAUCAGCGAUCAUCUCUGGCCAACGUGGGCUCGCUAA